AUGAGCGACAACCAGUUCCUGAAGUUCGCGUGCGGCGCCCCGGGCGACGCACCGACGGCGCGCACGCCCCCCCCGCGGCAGCGCAAGCGGCCGCGCGCCUCUUCCGACGACGACGACGCGGCGGCAGACCCUCCGAAGGGCGUGCCAGCGCGGCUCGGGGACGGGCACCCCCUUCGCUGCAUCGUCGUCGGCCACAACCCGAGCGCCGAGGCGUGGCGCCAGGGCCACUAUUACGCACACAAGUCCAAUCGCAUGUGGCCGAUCCUGAAGGAAACCGGCAUCGCUCCGCCGCACAUUCGAGGCGCAGUCGACGACGAGCUCAUGCCCGCGGACGCAGGGGUGGGCUUCGUUGACGUCGGCACGGGCCACCCGGGGACUGACAGCCGGAAGUUCGACGUCAGGGACUUCGCGGCGUGGUCGGGGGUGUUUUACGGGCGGCUGCGGGACCACGCCGCGGCGGCGCAGGCGUGGAUGGAGCGGGAGCGCGGGUGUGCGUGCGGGCGCUGCGGCGCACCGUGCGUGGUGGCGUUCAGCGGCAAGCGGCAAUUCGUGGAGCUGUACAACGCCACGCGGCCGCCCGGGACCAAGCAGCUGAACGGCGCGACGGUCCCGCUCGGGGAGAACCUCAGCAGAUCGCUGCUGCCGGGCGGGUGGCCGCUCACGUCGGACACCGAGGUGUGGGUCAUGACGUCGACGUCGGGCGCGUCAGCGCUGGGAAACGAGGCCAGAAUCACGCCGUGGCGCAAGCUCGCGGCCCGGUUGGACGAGCAGCCAUGGCCGCGCGUCGCGCGGUGCAAGGACGGGGCGCGGGCUGCCGAAUGA